UGGGCCAAUUCCAGGAAUUUUUCCCUCAGGGAAGGUGCCACUGGGCUAACCCGCCAUGUUUGUCCCUCAGGGAAGGUGGCGGUGGCCGUGUCCUGCCGGGAGCCCUACCUGUGCGCCCAGUGCCACACGGACUUCACGUGCCGCUGGCGGGAGGAGAAGAACGGCACCAUCAUGUGCGAGACCUGCAUGGCCUCCAACCAGAAGAAAGCGCUGAAGGCCGAGCACACGAACCGGCUCAAGGCCGCCUUCGUCAAGGCCCUGCAGCAGGAGCAGGAGAUCGAGCAGAGGAUCCUGCAGCAAACGGCCCCUCCUGGGCAGCCCAAGGCCGAGCCCGUGGGGCAGCACCACGCGCUCAAGCAGAGUUCCAGCCAGAUGUCCCGAGGUGCUGGUGCUUCCAGAGGGGUCCUGCACACCUUCAGCUCCUCCCCAAAGCUCCAGAGCUCCUCGGGCACCCUCGGGAGCCGGCCCGGAAAACACUCGGAAAGAUCCGGAAAAGGAGGAGCGAGCGCCUGGAAGAAAAAUCCCAUUGGCACAGGUGGGGCCCUGCCCUUCGUCAGCCCCGCCCUGGCCGUGCACAAAUCGGCCUCGGCCGUGGAGCGGCAGCGCGAAUAUCUCCUGGAUAUGAUCCCGCCCCGCUCCAUCCCACAGUCGGCCACGUGGAAAUAAAAUUCCCGAGGGAGAACUUUUUACCAGGCUCUGCCAUCCUUUGGGAUUUGGGUUUUUUUUUUGUUUCUUUGGAAUUUUAUUUUUUUUUUUUUAACCACAAUUCCGUGGAAUCUGCUUUAAUUCCCAGCUGGAAAAACGCCCCGAGGCUUUUUUUAGGAUGCGACAUCACCGAUCCUCAUCCGUCCCUGCCGGGAGAAAAGCGAAUCCCGGCUCCGUUGGCUCCCAGAUUUUUCAUGGAAGCUGGCAGGGAAAAAGAGGAAGAAUUCCUUUAAUUUGUUAUAUUUUUUUUUGGCUUUUUCCCUUAUUUAGUUUUGGAAUUUUUUUGGCACCAGCACAACACAAGGACUCAGCGAUUCCUCUUCCGCCGAACGUUUUUUUUGCCGGGAAAACGCCUCCGGAAUUCCGGAAUUUCGGGGGUGUGGAGAGAGGAAUUCCAGCCUCAUCCUGCAUUUAGUGAGCCGAGUUUGUGGCUGCUCCUUUUUCCCUGCUCCUCUUCCAGCCGGGAAAGCGGGCGGCUCAUCCCGAUAUUCCCAAAAUCCCGACGAUUCCGUGCAGAAGAAAAACUCAAAUUCCCGAUUCCGCUUGAGAAUGGUUCGGUUUUGUUUCGUUUUCCUUUCAGGAAAUCCCAAAUCUCGGCUGGAAAGUGGGAAUUGCGGGAGAUUCCCGCUUUUUUUUUUGGAUUCUGGUUGGAAUAAACUUCGGAAGCGUUGGGAAUUUCCAAACCUUGCAGUUACUGAGAGACAAAAAUCCACCUCGGUUCUUUCUCAUCCCGGGAAUUUUGGGCUUUUCCCGAAUUUCCCAAAGACUCCAAAGCGAAUUUUGGGAAUUUUAUUUUUUUCCUUUGGGAGGGUUGGUUGGGAUUUGGUUUUAUUUUGGGGAUUUUUUUUUGGGGGGGGGAGGGAAUUUUCUGUUUCCUUUUCUGUUGUUGUUUCGAGGGAUAUUAUUCCAGGAUUUCCAGGAAUUCCAGAAGGAAAAGUCGGGAGCGAUUCCCAAUUCCCACCAGGAAUUCCGGCCCUUCCCAAGAUUCCAGUUCUUCCAGGCAUCCCCAGCACCCUCCUGUAUCCAUUUGGGAUGAAGUUUUCCAUCUUUUUUUUGGGAAUUCCAGAGUUUUAACCCAAAAUCCAUCCAGGACCGCUUUGGUUUCAUUUCCAUUUCUCAUCCUCUUUUUUUUUUUGUUAUUUUUUCCUUGGAUUUCUUCCCGAAUUCCACACAAAUCCAAAGG